AGCUUGUGUCAUUAGGAAGACUGCACGAGCACAGGACAGCGUCUCACACCUACAGGAACGUGGAACUAUAUGCAACAAAACAACAACAGCCCACUGACAACAGCGCUCUUGUUGACUUGUCAACUAGAUACAAAUGGGCACCAUGGUGAACCAGCUUAUGUUUGCCCAGGAUAACCGGGACCGCAUCCACGCCGUGGAGAACUCGUUCGGGCCGUCGGGGAAGCCUCUGUACGCGCCGGAUCGGGUUCUGAUCGGAGAGGGCCGGCUGAUGAAGAUGAGCCGUCGUGGGCCACAGCCCAAAGUCUUCUUCCUCUUCAACGACGUGCUGGUGUACGGCAGCAUCAUUCUGAACGGCCGCUGGUACAAAAAACAGAAGAUCAUCCCUCUCGAGGAAAGCCAGCUUGAGGACUUGGAGGACGGCAUAAAAAUGAGGAACCAAUGGUUGAUCCGUACACCACGCAAGUCCUUCUACGUGUCAGCCGCCUCAUACGAGGAGAAGCGAGCCUGGAUCGAACACAUAGUGGACUGCCGGUCCAGUCUACUGCAGAGCAGUGGCUGCCGGCCCGGGUCCCACUUCGCCAACACCUGGAUCCCUGACCAGGCCUCCGCGGUCUGCAUGCGCUGCUCCGACAGGUUCACCGUGACCCAGCGUCGACACCACUGCCGCAAAUGCGGCUUUGUGGUCUGUGGUGCCUGCUCCAAGAAGCGAGCGGUGAUCCGACACAUUCACCCGACUAAGUGCUUGAGGGUCUGCACCUUGUGUCACUCAAGUCUCUCGACGACGACGACGACGACGGAGGCCCCAGAGGUGUCUCGUGUCAAUGGGGGCAGCACAGAGAAGAUAGGCUCGGAUGAAGAUGAAGUCGACGGAUUGAGUGAGGAAGAGGAGGCCGAGGAGCAGAUGGAGAACCAUGACCCCGGCAAGUGGAUGAACUCCCAGAUGGACUCCUGGUCCACCUAUGUCUACUUCAAACCAGAGCACACGCAGUCCCAAACGUAAGCACGUGAAGAGUGCUGCAGCCACUCAGAAACAACCCAGUGUUGGUCUCUAGGCCUCUCUUUAACAUGGACUCAUACUGAUGCAGCUUUGUGCAAUAGGAGCAAGUUAACAGGCAUUCCCACUCCGUCAUUAACACAACAAGAAAACAAUGUAUUAAGUAAAAAAAAAAAAAAAAAAAAAGUUUAUAUAUUUAUUAUUUAUGUUAAUAUGUUGUCUUUUCACGUUAUGCUGUCAGUGGGAAGACGAUUGCUAUGAAGUCGUCACUUGAUUGUCUCUGAUAAUGUGCUCAGAGUAUUUAGAGUAGAUUACUUGAGGUAGGUCUCAGUCAGGACGGUAGCAUAUAUACAUAUAUACAUGUGUAGAAAUGAGUAAAUCCUACUUGUAAUUAUAUAAUUAGUCAUUUCUUGUAUUUUUCCUGAAUCUGAAUUUAGUUGUGCAACCCUUUUGUACAAUGACAUAAAACACCUUGUAACCUUGUAAUACUGUACAAUAUCUGGACUUUUAUGGACUUGAUACCGCUUGCUGUUAGCAAAAGCCAAUUAGCAGCUAUCAUGUGUACACAGCCUUGUACCUUAAUAUUUCAUCGCUUAGACUACCGUAACUCCAUCUUUACUUGCAUUACUCAGUCCUCUCUACCUCGCCUUCAAUUGGUGCAAAAUGCAGCGGUAAAGACGCAUCACCCCAAUGCCUCUCCUAACUGGCAUCCAAUAAAACACAGGAUUGAUUUCAAAAUAUUACUAAUUAGGUACAAGUCCUUGGAAAGCAUCUGCUGAAAACUCGUUGUGUAUACUCUGUGUGCCUGUAGUUGUGUUUAUUUUGUGCUUUACUUUUUGUCUGUCAUGCAGAUGUAAUUGUAUGUAUGUGUGUCUAUCACAAAUGUAAAUUACUACUUUAUUUUAUACAUUUGUAAUGAGUAUUUUUGGAGAGGAUUUACAUUGCCAACGGCUGCUUCUCUGUAAUUGUUGUGCAUAUGAUAAUAAAAUAAGUUGAUAUGCA